AUGAAAUCUGGGAAAGGUCCGCAAGAAGAGGAAGAUGAGGAAGACGAGUAUGGUGCGAAGAAAUGCGUCGCCCCAUCUGUUAAUAAUUCCAAAGAUGGGAAGAACAGUGAUAAAGCUAGUGCUAUAAGGUCGAAACACUCUGUUACAGAGCAGCGGAGGAGGAGCAAGAUCAAUGAGAGAUUUUCGAUAUUGAGGGAACUUAUACCGCACAGUGAUCAGAAGAGAGACACAGCAUCGUUUUUGUUAGAGGUGAUUGAGUAUGUACAAUUUUUACAGGAAAAGGUCCAUAGGUACGAGGGACCAUAUCAGCCUUGGAGUACAGAGCCUGCAAAGCUGAUGCCGUGGAGAAACAGCAACUGGCGAAAUUUUGCCGGCCAACUUCACACCGUGAAGAAUGGCUCUGAUUCGAGUACCACUCCUUCCUUCCCCAUCAGGUUCGACGAAAAUGGUGUUGCGGGCCCCACAAUCAUGCACCUUGGCCCGAAUAACCACCCAGUCGAGACCGAUCAUUUUAGGGAUGGUCUUUGCAGGUCGAUGGACUCUGUGCCAGUUUCUGUUGAAAACAAUGGCUCAUUCUCACAGGAGUUGCCUGGGCCGGGGGCCCCACUUACGGAUUCGCAGCCAACUGAAUGUCCUGAAGCUAUGAACCUCCAAAACGAUCUGAUGAUUGAAGGCGGAACAAUCAGUAUAUCGAGUGCUUACUCGCAAGGCUUAUUGAAUUCAUUGUCACAAGCACUACAGAGCACUGGUGUGGAUUUGUCUCAAGCCAGCAUAUCAGUCCAGAUUAAUCUUGGAAACCGAGCACAGAGUGGAUCAGUUGCUAAGGAUCAUUGUUUUCCAAUGCCUUCUGGUAGCCAACCUGUUGCAACCUUUCAAGAUGCUGGUAACAAUGAAGACUUUGAUCAAUCUCAAAAAAGGCAAAAGAUUUGA